UUCUUGGAUGCCUUCGGGGAUAAUUUGGGUAUAGUUCAUAUUACCGAUAACACCGUAAAACUAGUGAUUAGCAAUUAUCUCGCUUUGAGAUGCAUCAUUGAUGACGAUAUCGUCGCAGUAGGAUUUGAUACCUCUCCACAAGGUUGAUAUGGCGUAUUCGACUGUCGAGGUCCCUGAGGUAGAGAAUAUAUCAAUGGGAUGGUCUGCUAACAGGCAUCCAGGUACACGUACAGGCACCGAGAAAGAGCGAUAUAGAUAUUUAUAGUUACCAAUUUCAAUAUGACGGCACUCUCUCCACUUGAUAAGCUCAUGCCUCGAGGCUAUGUUCGCCAGAUGCUGUGUUUUCCUUCGACAAGCGCAGAGGUUUCUCACACACUCAAAACUGGCUUAGCUAGAGUUCUAGCUGACGUCCCUUACCUACUGGCAGGCAUCAUCACUAGCGAGGAUCGCAAACAUGUUUCCCUCAGUGAAUGUUAUCAAACUCUUGAGGAUCUCUAUUCGGAGCAAGACAUUUCAGAUGCGAUCGACUACGUCGUCAUAAAGCAGCAUCAUUUCCCACCUUCAUCAUUCGCCGGGCCCGGAAUCAUACCUACUGAUACCCAGCCACCAUUCCCAAACCCAACACCUGUAUUUCGGACGAAGUUAUCGCUCGUUAAAGGAGGGCUCAUCUUGUGUGUUGCAGUUCACCAUUGCACAACUGACAUCACUGGAUUCGGGGCCUUGCUUAAACUCUGGGCCUCACACUGUCGGACAGGCGCAUCAGCGGCAGCUGGAUUCGACCCAGCCUGGCUGAACCGCAAAGCCCUGCUCGAGCGACCGGAUACUUCCAAUAGGCCAACGCCAGCUUCAAUUCCUGAGCUUCUUCAUGUCAAGGGUCCCGAUGAGUUGACUAAAAUCGCCGCUUUGGCGUCGCAACCCAGCGAUCCCACGACGGGCGUGUUUUUCUUCCCACAGAAAACUCUGCAAGCCUUGAAGCAUGCAGUAAACAAGCACAUUGCUUCGUGGGGGAAUGGGGGCUGGGUCUCCUCAAGUGAUAUACUCACGGCACUACUUUGGAGCGCAGUACUAUCAGCCGAAUCAGAUCCGAUGAGCGAUCGCAAGGGUAGCAACACGAUAGGCUUCCCCGUGAACUUUCGCUCACGAUUCAACCCACCUUUACCUCCAGACUAUCUGGGUACUGCCUUUAUCAUGACUACUGCUACGGCUUCACGCGAUGAUCUCAUUUCCCUCUCCUUCCACGCUGGUUCCUCAAAUGAUGAUGAGCCAUUGGAUUCCGCUUCAAUUUCAAAGCUCGCCGACAUUGCUUCUAUAAUUCGUGCCUCCCUUCAUAGCAUCGACGAGGAAAGAGUUAGAAAUGUGUUGCUAUAUUUGGAUGGUGCGUCAGGGGAUCAUCCACCAAUUACACUAGGGCCGCGUCAUGACGGCGUAUCCAUUGUUUCGUGGGCCGACCAGAAUAUAUACGGACUGGACUGGGGUGACAUUGUGGGAACAUGCGAUGCCGUUAGACUGCCGAAAUUGAUGUAUAAAAGGUACCCAAUCGUCCUACCUAGGGUGCCGGCCAACCCCGCCGGUGAUGAAGGCUUGGAGGUGAUUGUCAGUUUUGACAGGCAAGUGUUCGACAAGUUUCGACAGAGUUGGCCAAUGAGACGGUUUUCGACUCUUCGGUACUAUUCCUAGAGACCGAGGGCGGGUCAUAUUUGACUAAUCUGCG